CGCGAACUUGGACCCCACAAAUCAUACCCUCUUUAACUUCUAGUUGCUCUACUAUUCCCUUACCUAGUUUCUUUCUCUUUACCGUUGAUCUCGCCGCCGCCGUCGUCAACCACUACCGCGGCCGCCGCCGCCGCAGCAGCACUAUUUUCUUCCCGAUGACAGGCUGUGCUCAAACAUUUCUCAAUGAACACUCUGCCCCCCGUUCCCAGAGAAAUUCCUUCCGAGUUCCCAUCCAGUCCCCGUCAGACGAUGAUCAAGGGCAGGAACGAACCACCGCAUCCAAUGAAAUCGCCGACGCAGCUGUUAAGAUACAGUCAGCUUACCGAUCUCACGUGGUCCGCAGGCUCGUCAGGAAGAUCUCAGCCGUCUUUCACGAAGCCGCUCAUCUACAAUGCGUCAUUCAACGGCAGGAUACAGUUGAUGCGGUGAGGAGCAAUGAGCGAGAGAGGAUUAGGAUGAACGAAGCUUUGAUGGGAUUAUUGCUUAGAUUAGACUCUGUUCCCGGAGUCGAUCCAACUGUCAGGGAUCUGAGGAGGAGUGUGAGCCGCAAGAUUGUGGGGCUUCAAGAGAUACUGGAUGCUGUUUCUGCUGCAAGCAUUGAGAGCUGGGAUGGUUUCUUGAGGGACUGGGAUGAAGAUCUUGUGAAGAUCGAAAACGAUGCAUGCAAUGGAAAUGGGAAUGGAGACAUUGAGAGGUUUUGCGCCCAGUAUUUAGGGUUUCGAUGCCUUCAACAGUUUCUUCAUGACCAAUGGUGACCGUGCCACUCGCUCUUGAUCUCUAUAAUCUAUCAAUAUUUCCUACAUUGUUAUUCCUUGCUUCUUUCUCUGUGUGUUGUUAGGGUGUGAAGUCUGAUUAUAUAUAGUUGAUGUACUAUCAAAUAUAUCCCAUUUGUGUAGAUAUAUUUGAUUAUAUCGUGUAUUCUCUGUAAUUGUACAUAUUUCAAAUCAUCAAUAUAUAGUCCUACCGUCAUGAAGUUGUGAGAUCCUUACAAGUGUGUUACAUAGCUAAUCAACCCAAAGUGUGUGAUAGUUAUUCAAGGUCGAUUAGCUGAGCUGCUGUUUCUAACACUUGUUCUAUGUUUAUUUUCACGAUUCUUUGAAAGCCAAGUGUAUCUGGGUUUAGUUUCUGAGAACAAAAGCGUACGGUUGAAAAUUGUUGGAAAAGACUGGUCUCAACAUGUUCUUUUUUUGGACAAGCAAACAGCCCCGACACCCUCCACCACCACCACCGCAUGCAGAGGAAGGGGAAGGCAUCUCCCACAGCAGUAUCAUAA